AUGGGUCAAAAACGAGGCCGUGACUCGAAGCCCCAGGCUAUCGAGGCCAAAAAACGCAAGAAGGGCGCCAAGGCCGCGAUAGCAUCACAAGAUGAUUCCUGGGACGGCCUGGUCAGUAUGGAUGAUCUGAACUGGAAGGAGGUUGCCAUGCCUGAUCGCAUGACUGAUGCGGAGGGAUUCUUUGGUUUGGAGGAAAUUGAUGAUGUCGAAAUUAUUCGUACAGAAGGUUCGGGAGAGAUUCAAUUCAAGAAUUUGAUGAAUGGUCUGGUUUUAGCGAUGGAGAGUCAGGCGAAAAAAACAACCGAAAAGCCAACUACUACAAUCGAUGAGACUCCAGAACCCAAAGAAGAUAAAAAGGCCAAGAAGAAGAAGGAGACCAAAGAGCCCAAGAAGAAAGACAAUAAAGAAAAGAAGGAACCCAAGACAACAGAAGCCAAGCCAAAGGACAACAAAUCCUCACAAAACUCAAACCUCAAGGCUAAUCUUUCCUUUGCUGCGCUCGAAGAUGAUGGCAAUGAUGAUGGUGUUGAUGUAUCAGCUUGGGACGAUCUUGGCUUGUCUCCCGAGAUUCUCACUGGCCUGUCUAAGCUGAAGUUUUCUUCCCCUAGUAAGAUCCAGAAGGCCUGUAUCCCAUCCAUCAUGGAUGGUCAUGAUGUUGUUGGAAAAGCCUCAACUGGUUCAGGAAAAACGCUCGCCUUUGGUAUUCCUAUCCUCGAGCAUUACCUAGAAAAGCGCGAGAAGCAGGGCAAAUCAGCUGAGAAGGCACCUUCAUCCCCAAUGGCCCUUAUUCUUUCACCUACACGAGAGUUGGCCCAUCAAUUAGCCAAGCACAUUGGGGAUCUGGCUACAAACUCGCCGGAUACAAAUGUACGAAUCGCUCUUCUCACAGGUGGUCUCUCUAUUCAAAAGCAACAGAGACAGCUCGCUAAUGCUGAUAUUGUCAUCGGUACACCCGGUCGUGUUUGGGAGAUUCUCAGCACCGGAACAGGGUUGAUCCGCAAGAUGCAAAGCAUUCAAUUCCUGGUUGUUGAUGAGGCAGAUAGAUUGCUUAGCGAAGGUCAUUUCAAGGAGGCGGAAGAGAUUCUUGGCGCUUUAGAUCGACAGGUUCAAAACGACUUCCCAGAUGAGGAGGAAGAAGAGACAGAGGAUGCUUCCGUGUCCCGCCAGACCCUUGUCUUUUCAGCUACUUUCCACCGUGACCUACAACAGAAGCUUGCUGGUAAGAGCCGCUGGACUGGAGGAGACAUAAUGGACAAGAAAGAGUCGAUGGAGUAUCUUUUGAAGAAGCUCAAAUUCCGUGAAGAAAAGCCUAAGUUCGUCGAUGUGAACCCUGUGCAACAGAUGGCUCAAGGAUUGAAGGAGGGUAUUGUGGAAUGUCCUGCAAUGGAAAAGGAUCUCUAUCUCUAUUCGCUUCUGCUCUACCACCCCAAACACCGGACAUUGGUCUUCACCAACUCUAUCUCCGCCGUUCGCCGCAUUACUCAACUUCUUCAGACAUUGCAGCUUCCUGCCCUUGCCCUGCAUUCCGGCAUGGCACAAAAGGCUCGACUUCGCUCUGUGGAGCGCUUCUCUUCACCAACUGCCGACCCUAGCUCCAUUCUGGUGGCUACAGAUGUCGCAGCCCGUGGUCUCGAUAUCAAGGGCAUCGACUGUGUUGUUCACUACCAUGCACCCCGCACUGCUGAUGCUUAUGUGCAUCGAUCCGGUCGUACUGCUCGUGCUGGUGCAAUCGGUAAGAGUGUUAUCAUCUGUGCUCCGGAUGAGGUUGUUAGUGUCGCUCGUUUGGCCGCGAAGGUUCACGCUAGGGACCCCAAUGUUAGCGCCAAGAAGCUGCCCUUGGAGUCCCUUGACAUUGACCGCCGUGUUGUGUCUCGUCUCCGCCCUCGUAUUACUUUGGCGAAGCGUAUCACCGAUUCCAACAUUGCCAAGGAGAAGGUCUCCGCUGAAGAUAACUGGAUGCGUGCUGCGGCGGAGGAUCUCGGUGUUGAGUAUGAUAGCGAGGAAUUCGAUGAGUCAAAGGGCAAGGGUCGUGGUCGUGGUGGUGGACGACAACAGAAGGAGAAGCAGGCUAGCACUAUCACUAAGGGUGAACUUCAGGGUCUGCGAGCUGAGUUGAAGAACCAGCUUUCGCAGCGUAUCAACAUUGGUGUGAGUGAGCGUUAUCUCACAGCUGGUCGUGUUGAUAUCGAAGCCCUCUUGCGUGGUGAGGGUAACAAUGCCUUCCUGGGUCACCUUGACCCAUUGAACUUCUAA